AUGUUACUGCUAAUUGCUGAUGGCAACUGCUUUCACAACUGUAAAGCUCUUCUCCCACAUGGACGUACCUUCCCCUUCGCGAUUUUUUAUUCCGAUCGUGGAGAUGUGCAAAAUGGAAGUGCAGAGAUUUUCUUCCGCAAAGUAAAGUUUUGGAAAGAGGAUGGGCAGGAGGAUGCACCACCUGUCUUUAAUGUGGAUGGUGUGAACUACUUUCAUGUGAAGGUUGUGGGACUAUUGUUUGUUGCAACCACAAGGGUUAAUAUGUCGCCUUCCUUUGCCUUGGAGCUUUUACAAAGGAUUGCUCGUGUUAUUAAAGAUUACCUUGGGGUUCUCAAUGAAGACACAUUACGAAAGAACUUUGUGCUUGUGUAUGAGUUGCUUGAUGAAGUCAUUGACUUUGGUUAUGUUCAAACGACAUCUACAGAGUUGUUGAAAUCCUAUGUUUUCAAUGAGCCAAUUGUGGUUGAUGCUCCUCGUUUGCCACCUCUUGAACCUGCUGCAAUUUUUUCAGCAAGGGCUAAAAGAAUGCCAGGUAUAGCUGUCACAAAAUCAGUUAUAGCUACGGAGCCUGGGGGUAGAAAUAGGGAGGAAAUCUUCGUUGAUGUAAUUGAGAAAAUCAGCAUCACCUUCAGCUCCAGUGGAUAUAUAUUGACUUCAGAAAUUGAUGGCACCAUACAAAUGAAAAGCUACCUUACUGGCAAUCCUGAAAUUCGAUUAGCUCUUAAUGAUGACCUUGCCAUAGGAAGGGGACAGGGACCAAUAUAUGGUUAUCGUAGUUCAUCUGGUUCUGGAGCCGUGAUAUUGGAUGACUGUAAUUUCCAUGAGUCUGUUCGUCUUGAUAGUUUUGAUGUGGACAGAACGCUGUCUCUGAUACCACCAGAUGGUGAGUUUCCUGUAAUGAACUAUCGUAUGACUCAAGAGUUCAGGCCUCCUUUUCGCAUUAAUGUUUUAAUUGAAGAAGCAGGGCCCCUCAAGGCUGAGGUGAUUCUUAAGAUAUAUGCUGAGUUUGGUUCAAGUGUAACUGCAAACACUGUCAAGGUGCAGAUGCCACUACCCAAAUAUACGACCAGGGUUAAUUUUGAGUUGAACCCUGGAGCCGUUGGAGAAACAACUGACUUCAAGGAAGCAAAUAAGAAGCUGGAGUGGAGUUUAAAGAAGAUUGUUGGUGCAUCUGAGCAUACACUACGUGCAAAGCUAACAUUUUCUCAGGAAUCACAUGGGAAUAUAACGAAGGAAUCUGGACCUGUUAGCAUGACAUUUACCAUACCGAUGUACAAUGUGUCACGGCUUCAGGUAAAAUACUUGCAGAUAUCAAAGAAAUCCCGAGUCUCGGAGCCUUAUCGGUGGGUGAGAUACGUGACGCAGGCAAAUUCCUAUGUUGCUCGUAUAUGAAUCUCCUUGCCCGCUCCUCCCAAAAAAAAAAAAAAGACAAUUUUACGUUGUUUUAUCAUUCAUUUGUAAAUUGUAAAUCACGCAGUUUGGAUUCAUGUUAUCCUAAACCUCCUGUUACCAACAACCUGUUUUAAACUCAUUGCUAUUCUUUCGUUA